UACAUUGCGGGCGACAAAGUGUGUCAUUGGAGCGAAGGGGGAAAGAGGAACGGAAAGUAUAAAAACAGAAGCGAUCAGUGGCGGAAAAGUCUCGUAUAAACAGUUCCAAAGAAGAUGGUAACAUAGCUCUUGCUGACGUCUUUCCCAGAGUAGAAUUGUUGCCCCGCAAGAGUAACUUAAGAUGGAAAAUAACCAGGUAGGUGUUACAGACAGCGCGCAAGAUCUGCGAUCAACCUAUAAACCAUAGUACUGUCUUACUGGGAGCACAAUCAAGUACAGCAAAGUUUUGCGUCACCAGCAAUCGCCAUUAAUCAAAGAAGUGGGUUUAUUUUUACUGGAUGCUUUACGAAUCUGAAUACCGAAGGGUAGUGCAUCAUGUAUAAAGCCCUAAGGUAUUGCGAGCAACCGUGCAUGCGCAUUUGAAUUUACAUGAAACGUGAAUGAUUUUCCUUUUUGGCGAUAAGUAAGUGAUCGGAUGAAGGGCCGUAACAUGAGUAUAACAGGUAAAAAGAACCUCUGGGAACAAGGCGUGCUUUAAUCUGAAUUUCAGACAUUACUUCGAGUCACUUACUCCCUCAGUAAAGUCUGAAUCGACUGGUCGUAAUGCUGUCCUGUGAUGUCACUACUUCUUUGUUUUAAUACUGACAUAACCAAUCGAACGUUUUAUUAAUCAAACUUAAUCGAACUAAAUUGAAUGAUUAAGUUCGGUUAUCAAACACAAUCGAACUCUUUACAAAAAAAAAUUUUAGUAAUCGAACCCAAUCAAACUUUGAUUGAGUUUGAUUAGGUUCAAUAGUCGAAGUUGGCAUACAGUACUUGUACAUUCAAUGAAAACUAGGACAUCAUACAGGAAAAUUGCACGUGUUUUGCUGUAUUUUUCUUCUGGGUUGUCUUAAAUUUUUCACUGACGUGGCAGAUACAGUUGUAUAAUAAUAUUAUUGUGGUACAUGUAAUUCUUGCCCCUUUACUGUACUUGACUUAAUUUGGUUUUGUUCCUGUAGACGAAUGUGUUUGAAAAGUCUAGUCUAAACUUUUGAUACAGCAAUAAGCUACUGUUGCAGUAUAGAUCUCUACAGGCCAGGAGAAGAAGAACACUAUGAUGAUGUGUAAUAUAUAUUUUUUGUUAUAUUUCAUGCAGUUUUAUAAGGCAUGCUGGGGAAUUCUGGUCCUUGGCUUGUUUGUAACGACCUUUGGAGUAUGGUGGACAUUUUUUAUUUCCUUGUAUAUAUUACUUUUUGUUCUUGGGUAAGUAGAGGCAUGUUAUUAGUUGCAAUGAGUUUUAGUAAAUCAAGUACAUCAGAGUCCACAUCCUGAACAUGAAAAUGUACUUAUACUGUACAACUGUAUCAAGAAAUCAAAUGAUAAAUAAUCCACACAGUUAUAGUGUUUGGUAUUGGUUGUUACAUCAUUGUAAAAUAUGUUGGGCUUUCUUUUCCAGUACCCCAAGCUUUUCAAUUUUUGGUGACUUAAAAGUAUAAAGUGAUUGCCAGAAGAAAGGGCACUCUGUGCAAUAUUAAAUGAAUGGUUUGAAAUAAUAUUAUUAGAAACUAAGAAUGUACCCUUUUAAUCCAAAUGAAAAUACAGGUGUGAUGUGGAAGUGCAUGCAAUAUCUCAAAUCUUAGUACCUGGACAACCAGGGUAAAACAAGUACAUUAUAAAGAAAACAGGGUAUAAAAUACAAAUGUUUAUCUCACUUAAGCUUUAGAAAGAUCAUUACAUGACAUAUGACCCCCGAAGACAGAUUGCUAAAUUGACACCUUUCGCAGCCAAUUAAUUGGUUACUUGUGGUAUCCUUGCAACUUUAAGCAAGUGAGGGGGGAAGGGGGGUUGGUGCACUCAUCUGUGAGUUUUGCCAAAGGGUUUGGUGCUGUUUUUAUUAUGGGCGGGGAGGGUAUUUAUUAGAGCUAAAGCAAUUAUUCCAGGGGAAGUGGUAUUUGUAAUUUUAGUUGAUUGAUGUGACCUUUCUUACAUAGAUUUCUUCUAGUUCUUGGUUAUUGGGGGUACUUGAUGUCACAAGAGAUGGCCAAAAAUGCAGUACAGGGUGAUUUUGGUCCAGUAUCAAAAGGUCUUGACAAAGUGAUCCAGGAAAUUCAGCUAAGUAGGAAAUCAUUUAAAAUGGACAAGAGACUAACUGGUUCCAGCAUUAUUGAUGAACCUUUGCAGGAGGUGAGGAAAGUUUAAGAAAGACACCCUACAUGUAUACAUGUGUCUUGUGAUGCCCUUUUGACUUGCUUAUGUGCCUUCAAGUUACAAACAUAAAUCAAGGGGUGUGUGUAACAAAGCCUUUAAAAGUGACUUCCUGGUAAUUUUCAGAAAUAUGUGCAUUUUCUUAUUUCUCUCCUCAAUGGCGACCUUGGGGACAGUAGAAAGUGGCCAUUGUAGAGAGGGUUAAACAAGAGUCAAUGUAUGGACUGUCCGCCAAAAAAACUGGCCGUUAUAGAGAGGUGACCGUUGUAGAGAGGUGACCGUUGUAGAGAGGUGGCCAUUAGUGGAGGUUUGACUGUAUUAAACAGUAUGCUAUAGGACUGUGUCAAGAAUUGGAGUCUUUUUUUCCAUUUAACAACUGCAUCGCUAAAGUGGAGGUUGGAUGCCUAGAGUCUCCAGGGGCUUCCACUAUUGGCAGCCAGCUCCUAGAUUGAAAUAAUGCCCCCUUGACUGGCACAACAGCGCAACCCAGCCAUGAGCCCCCACACAAAAGGAAAGGAACAGGCCAACGUCACACUGAAAAACAUCAGUUUAGAGAAAAACUAACAAGCCUUGGGGGAGGCGGGAGGGGAAGAAAAUGGCUGACAGAACCUAGCAUGAAGGAAAAACUGAAACACGCCAAUGAAUCACACGAUUGAUGAAGCCAGCUACUGGGCAUGCUCAUGCCAAAGACUGCUGACCUCAGGCACUUAAGGCACUCUUUAACUCCUUUAAAUUGCAUUUAAAUGCAUUAAACACCUAUUUUUUCAACUCUAUUGAACCACGAAGGUAGUUAUGACAACAGGUUACUGCUUGUCUCAGAAGUUGUUCACAAUUAAUUCUCUUCAAACAAAAUGUGUCUGACCUGUUCCUUUAACAUGUCAGGUGUUGCAGUUGUUCUUCCGUGACUAUGUCCAUGAAUGGUAUUACACAAUAAGUACUGAUGAAGGAUUCUUGUACGAUCUCAGACAGACACUGCAGAGGGCAUUCAUAGCUUUUGCAAACAGGUAAACUACAGAUUCAUUUAAGGAAACAGUUUUUCAUUUUGUGGUUCCAAAAAUUAUCCAUACCUCCCAAACGGAAGGGAUUUUUCCUUAGACCCCCUACCUCUCUGGAAAUUCCAGUCAUGCUUCAUACAUUACUUAAAUUUUUAUACCCCCACCCCCUAGGAAUUUCCAAUCCCUUCUGUGAGGGGAGUAUGGAUAUUUUCUGGAACUACACAUUUCCUGUUUUAUGAUUUUAGUAUAGUAGGUGGGAAUUUCAACAGCUAGGAGCUUCAUUUGGUUCAUACUUGCCUUCUAUGACCUACAUAUGAAAGAAGCCAGGGUUCAUGUUCAUGAUAGGCCAGGGAAAUCCGCAGCCCCUGGCCCUUAAUGACAGCCAUGAUCACUCUUUUCCUACCUGUCAUAUAUACACUGUAUGAAAAUACAUGCUUUUGAAAUUCAUCCAUGCUUCUUUAAUAAUUUUGCAAUGUUGGUGCUGUUUGUUGCAGUCAGGAGGUUUGACUCAUUAAUAUUCCAACAGGAUAAAAAAGUUUGCAGAAACUCUGUAUUUUCAGAUCCAAAGAUGUUGAAUGGGUCAAUUUUCUGACAACACGCUUCGUGGAUGACAUAACAAAUCAUCUUAAAAUCUACCGUACAGCAAAACAGAGGGUGGAGAAAAGUGAAGGUGGGAAUCUUCUUUCAGUUGGUUAAAACUGGACUUUAGGCAGCGAUUACAGGCAUGCACUUGUAUGCACAGUGAAUAAAGCUGUGGUUCAAGCUGAUAAUUGAAUGUUUUCUCUGUGCAGUUUCCCAGGAAUGUAUGACUUACAUAAUACAUAAAUUUAUUGAGCCAAAACCUGUACAAAGGUUGGAAGCUUAUCAUUUCUGCGUUCACUUCUAACUUUAUCAGGGACUUGACUGGGACGGGGAGAGUGGCCGUUGAGACAUAAGCCCCCCACUUUUCAUUAACUUUUAAAAUAAUCUGGAACAGAUAUUUAACAAUAUUAUUCCGUGAGCCUGUGUUAGAUAUGAGGUAGUAAAUGAACAACGAGGCGCAUAGCGCCGAGUUGGCUAUAACUAUCUCAUAUGCAACAAGCGCGAAUGGAAUAAUUGUUUUCUUCAAUUUUUUUAAACUCCAAAUGUCUGGUUAUUACAACUGAAUUUUAGUAAAUUUCAUUUUACAUACAAACCACCGCCCCCCUUUAGAAUUGUUGUUGUUACAUAAUCAGCUCGACGUAAGGAAGAAUUAAGCUCAUAAUUUCUUUAAAUUUGUAAGGAAACUUCAGAGUACUAUUAAAUAAUUUCAAACCAAGGUUUGGGGCUUUUUUGUCGCUGCCAUUAUGGCAUCUUCUGUUUUUUUCUGUUGUUUUGUUGGUAGAAAGCUCGCGAAAUCUAAGUUUUUCUGCUGCUUUGCAUUUGUCCGGGAGAAAUUUUGUUGUUUUCCAUAUAAGGUCAAACUAAGAUAUAGGAGCUGAUAAACAAGAUUGAGUGAACCUAUCAGAAUGCUAAAAAAGCAUUAUCCGAGGUUGCAAAAUAAUAAUAAGAAUUAGCCUUUUUGUAAAAUGGGUAUUAAGAGGAAGGCCCUGUAAAAUGGGGCCAAAAUUUCAAGGCCUACGCAACACCUUCGUGUACCCAAAACCUUGACAAAUUCUCCAUCUGGGAGCCUCUGUGUUGAUUCCUGUGCUUGACACACAGUUAUUUCAUUAAAGAUUGUUAGACUUUCCAAGGCCUCAAGUGUAUGCAACAAGACCUCAUGCAAUCGAGAAGUUAAUUAAAAUCGUCUUGGUUGUCAGUGCCAUAAUAAAACUUCUCAAAGGUUUACCUUGGUGAUUUUAUAACAGAAUGUUUGCUUCAUGGAAUAAUGAUGUUUAAUUCUUACUAGGUGAUGAUAGUACCUCACUGGAUAUAGAAACGGCUUUCUUUCAAGUAGAACAUGAGAUGGAGAAGGAUAUAUGCAGGGAACAAAUCUGUUUGUCAGAGGGAAAAGAGAAAGGUGCUGUUUUGUUUAAUACAUUGUACCACUUUUAUUGAGAUUUCAUACCUACAAGUGACUGAAAAAAAGUCAUUACUUACUUCAGUUCACAACAAACUCGGCCGUUCUAGCCUUUCAAGUGUCCAUACUUGACGGAUGUGUAGGAGAGUCGGUGCCAUCAUGACUCACAAAUGUUUCAGUCUUUGGAAUAAUUACAUGUACAGAUGUACAAUGGAUCAAUCCUGUCGCAAUGUUUCAAAAUUGUUCAGUCUUCUUGUACAGUCAUUUUGAAUUGCUAAUCUUUACUAUACAUCGUGAUUGACGUGGCAAUGUAAAGAAAGCUGCUUGUACAUGUAUGUAAUGAGUCUAAAAUCUACAGGAUUUACAGGAUUUUGUGGCUCUGGUUUUGGAUUCUCCCAGAUCUGUUAAUAGUACAUAAUUAUUAUAUUUAACCAAACUGUUCUAUUAUAAUAUUUAAGAAUUCUUCAACUAUGAGUAAUUAAUAAAAAAUUAUUUUAAUAAUAAUAAUAAGAAGAAAUUAAAUUUUUAAAUUAUUUUAAUAAUUAGUUUGGCAUGCACAUAAAUAUCACCCCAAAUUGAAAAAUACAUCUACAUCACAAAAACAAAUUUCUGGUUGCUUUCAUGUUUUCCUCCCCUUUCCUGCCAGCCUCAUCCCCAGAGCCUUUGUUACCAUUUUCCAAUGGAAUGAGCAAAGGUCAAAGGGGUUUAUUUAUUUUAUUAUCCUCGGAUGAAUUUUUUACAUCUCUAACAUGUUGGGAGAGAAAGAAAAUCCAGUAGCUAGUAUAACGCGCAUGCAAAUGAUGCAAACAAGCUCAUUGCUUGGUUGAAUUUUUUUUACUGAAACUGUGAUUGGACCAGUGCUUGACAGGCUGUCAUGUCGAAUGAAGUCUCGCAACUCCCCAUAGAUCAAAACUCGAAAAAGCAGUGCUUUUAGUUUAUAAUAAUUUUACCAACAGCACUGUUCGAAAGCUACUCAAAAAAAUGUUUGAAUGUAUAAGUAAAGAGAAUCCAAUCAUACAUGUAUCACUACCUGCCACUGCGAGAGCCUGAAAAGUAAUUACAACUGUACAACACAUAAGCUUAAUUUGAAAAAUCUGGAGCAAUUGAAGGAUUACAUUAGUGGACUGUUGGCAAAACCUGGCUUUGUUGCUGUGGUUGGUGGAAGCUGUGGAAGUCAUAGAAAUAAAAGGUAGAAGAACUAUAAAUGAGACCCAACUGUAAGAACAGGUUGAACUCACCGGAAUUUACUUGAGUCACACGUGAUGAUCAAAGAUGACUUGAACUGUUGCUCUUUACUUGGUAUGGCUCAAACAAUUUAUUGCUUAAUUCAUGGACUGUUAUGCUUUUUCUCUUGUUUCUCCAUGCUGCAACUCAAAAAUGGCUUGUAUUCUAUUCCAUAGCUGACAGCUAUGACUGCGUAAAAAACUGCACUCAAUUUUUUGUAGGAAUGCAUUAAUAUUAAGCUAAAUUAGUAAAUUUUGCUCAUCUUCAAUUCAUAGCAACAUUUUAUUGAUUUCUGUGUAUUUUCCAGGACUGUCAGUUGCAACUAGCUUAAAAUUUUAGUGUAACUGGAAAAUGAAAACUGAGAAAAGACUCACGUUGUCAACUUUGUCAUGCUUUCUUGCCGCUGAAAAAUCAUAGGGCAAACAUUGACGUGGAUGGGGUGUAUUGCCUGAUACCCACCCGAUUUGCUACCGUGUGACCCAAAAUAGCCAAUUAAAUCACGCAAUAAUUAAUCAGUGGAUUUUUAAAGAGAAUAAUGCCCCGUCAUUACAAGAAAACAGCCAAUCAGAGCAUGUGUGCUAUUGUAGCCAUGUAAAAAUAUCAGAUAAUCACUAUGUUAUCAAUGCACUUUACCAGUGGAGUCUCAGUAGUCAGUAAAUAAACAUUAUCAUAUUUGUUUGAUUUUAUCAUUAUAGAUUACUUAUCAGACAUCAGUGAAAUGUUAUUAUACCUUCUCCUCCCACCUGAAGACUUUCACAACAAACCAUUCAGAUAUUUUUUCAGGGUGAGUGGUUCUAUCAUCUAUCUUUUUCAAUUUCAGUUCAGAGUCUUUAUUCAAGCUUGACUUCCUGAAUUAAUGUGGUGCAUUCAGGAGCUGAACCACUUUAAACACUGCACCGCUCAACUUAUUUACCAAAUUUCAGGCAUGGAUCUAGGAUAAAUACUGACCCUUUUACUAAAUAAACCCGAAGGCGUAAGCUUCUAGCACGAUGCGGGGCAAGCACUCCCAUGAAAUUUUGGGGAUUUUUACGACCGAAGGUCACCUUUCCUGGGUUUGUGAGUCAUUCAGUGAGGAUAUUGGCCAGAUUUAAACUUGGAAAGUUUUUUUUCAAGAAAAAUUUAUUUAUUUUUGAAAACUCUGACUGAUUUUUGUAAAACGGUGGAAACCAGUGUGGAUCCGUGCCUGAAAUUUAGCCAAUGAAUUCUGUUUAAAUCUGGCUAAAAAGUGACGCCAGUCUGGUUCUGCAGUCUUAAGCUAGCUAAAUUUACAUUAUACCAGACGACUUUUGAUGUUGAAUUAAAGAUGCACAUAUGCAAUAUACAUGUAGUAUGAACAGCAAUGGCCUAGGACUAAAGCAAUUCGUUUGCACACAUGUGCAUUGUGCCGGAGCAGUUGACUGAGAGGGUUUGAUGCACUAAAUCGCAAUCCUCGUUCCUGAAUAUUAACUUUUGUCACACUACAGUGGCUUCCUGGCCUUGCUUCCUCGCAUUCACUUCAACUAUGGUCUGAAUACCUGUUUACACUGCACUAAAGUCUGGCUCAGAACCUAUUCACACAGCUUUGAACUAUUACAGAAAUCCUGCCAAAUUCACCAUUCUUAUGUGUGAACAGAAGCUCUACUCCAGUAUAGUUUUUGUGCUGGUGCAAUGGCUAUCCAGUAUAUAGUGUGAACAUACCCUUCAUUUGGUAUAGCAUGCUCUGAAGUUUGGCGAUCAAGGUUGUCACGUAAUUUAAGUCUGCAGAAGUAGUGGAUGUGAUCAUUUCGGUUUGUUGCUACUGUUUGUUGGUACUGUUGUACCUUUACUUCGAAAAAUAGAAAUGAUAACAAAAUGUUACUCUUGGCAAUGCUUAGGAAGGUAAAUACAAAAAGUGCAACAAAAUUUUAAUCCUGGGCACAGGUAACCCAGGCUCUGUGAUAGUACCACAGUACGGUUCCAGUAAAAUUACAGUGUUUGUAUGGGGUAAAAAUAUCAUCCUAAAAUUUCUAGGAAAUACUAAAUAAAGAUCAAUGAAACUUACUCUGCAGUUAAUUGUUGUUGUCCUUAUUGCUCCAACGAAGUUUCGUGAUAAUUUGCAGUAAUUUGUUCAAAUUCACUCUAUCUACAAUAAUAAUAUACAAGGUAGGAAACACGAGGUGCCAUUUUCCGACAUGCUCUCAUUCAACACAACUUUUCCACGAAAUUAACUCCAACGGAAAAUAAACAUGCCAGGAUCGUAGAAAUAGGAUAGCAGCAGAUAUAGAAACCAAUGAAGCUUUCCCAGAUAGAGAAACGAAUCCCACAGACUUAGACAAACUCAAGAAUAUAAUCCAAACACACCGAGAAUACGCUCGCCCGAAGCAGCCGGGCCAGAUCAACGCUGCCAAGAAAAUGAAGCCUGGGCACUGUACAAAAAAAUUCCAUCCCGGGGGUCCUGGGGUGACCUUUCUAGGGACCGAUAAAUCAUUUGCCCAAGGCCACCCUCCCCUGCUGGAAAAAUACUUGAUAGAAGGCAAUUGUUCUUCCUAGCCAAUCACUAUGGCCUGUUAUAAAGAGAUUAUUUUCCUCUCGAACUAUAUUCAGCUCCUGGCGCUGGUCCUCAGAAAGUUUAUCAAACAUCAAUAGGGCAAGGUUAUAAGGGCAAAGGAAAGAACAACGAAGGACGAUUUACAAAACUUAAAACGAGCAAAAGAUAUAGGUGAAUUUUGGCUCUUACCGAGGCAUUUGUACAACAGGACCAAAUUCAAAGAGAGGUGUAUCACGAUGAUUCACAUAUUUAACCGAUAGAGCGUUCACUUGUAUUGACAAGAAGUCGGCGUGUCACUGCCGCAUUAAUCGCUAAAUAUGUUAAUCGCGCUAGUUCUUUGUUUACUAGUGCACGUGCCUUUCACAUUCGUCUCAGUUAUCGCAAUUCAUAUUCUGUCGCAAUUUUCUGUAUAAUUUUUGACAUUAGUUUGUAAGCUUCACCGUUUAUUUACCAUAUUUUUAUUUCGAGUUCACAGCAACAGUAUCUCAGUCAUCAUCUACCUUUUGUUCAACCUUGUUUUUAGCCCACCUUGUAAGCAUUUCGCGUUGUUAUUUCAUUAGUUUCAUUACUGUUAUUUGCAUUCCUUAGUAAAAGAAAUGGGACGCCUUGUAACUCCAUGAGACUCUCCUGAUUAUAUUACUUUUCUUUUUAGCCAUUUAAAUUCAGGCGUGUGCAGGGGUUUGCUCUGGCAAAUGGUGAUUGGCUAGGAAGAACAAUUGCCUUCUAUCAAGUAUUUUUCCAGCAGGGGAGGGUGGCCUUGGGCAAAUGAUGUAUCGGUCCCUAGAAAGGUCACCCCAGGACUCCCGGGAUGGAAUUUUUUGUACAGUGCCCAGGCCUCAUUUUCUUGGCGCUGAUCUGGCCCGGCUGCUUCGGCGAAAGGUAUUCUCGGUGUGUUUGGAUUAUAUUCUUCGAGUUUGUCCAAGUCUGUGGGAUUCGUUUCUGUAUCUGGGAAAGCUUCAUUGGUUUCCAUAUCUGUUGCUAUCCUAUUUCUACGAUCCUGGCAUGUUUAUUUUCCGUUGGAGUUCGAAUUUCGUGGAAAAAGUUGAGUUGAAUGAGAGCAUGUCGUCGAAAAUGGCACCUCGUGUUUCCUACCUUGUAUAUUAUUAUUGUAGAUAGAGUGAAUUUGAACAAAUUACUGCAAAUUAUCACGAAACUUCGUUGGAGCAAUAAGGACAACAACAAUUAACUGCAGAGUAAGUUUCAUUGAUCUUUAUUUAGUAUUUCCAAGAAAUUUUAGGAUGAUAUUUUUACCCCAUACAAACACUGUAAUUUUACUGGAACCGUACUGUGGUACUAUCACAGAGCCUGGGUUACCUGUGUCCUGGGUUAGUGCUAAUUAGCCUCUCGAUCAGGAACUGGGCCCAGAACUGCUAACUCACUGAAAGCAUUUUGUUAUUGCAGGAAAUUAUAGCCAUAUGUGUGUUGUUUCCUACCGUGUCCAUGAUCUGUGAUCCAGAUUAUGUGAAUCAGACAAUUGCUUGGCUUGUGAGUAACCAAUCACAUACAGAGUCUUGAUCGCCUAUAUAACAUCAUGGCUUAACUGACAUAUGUCCAGUAACAAUGUGACUUUGACCAAUCAGGUCAAUAUAACUAGAGUUUAAUACCAUCAACUGAUGUGAUACAUUUCAUUUUGAUCUGAGGAUAAUUAAGUACCAUCACUGUCAACAACAGUUGUAUUCAUGACUACACUCCCUGGUUUAUAAUCAUAUUCGACUUCAAUAUCAUGAUAAUGUUUUGUCAAUUGGGUUGAUCAUUAUUUUAUUUAGUACAUUUGCCAUCACAAAGAGACUUCAAUGUUUGUAGCUUUCCAGUUUACUAUGCUAUAGUGAGAAAGCCAUGUGUUGGCAAAAAUGAUUCUGAAGAUAUAAAAUGUUGCACUACUGUUUUUGACGCAUCUUUGUACUCAUUUCUUCCAACAUUUUUAAGAUUUUCAUAGAAACAGUGCUGAUUAAUCAUAAUGUGUGGCAAAGUUUCAGAAUAUACAUUUUCUAAGAGAUAGCUGUUGACUUUGUACAAAACAAAAUAAACUAACUUAAGGUUUUAACCCUUCCUCAGUUGUGAAGUAACUCUUUGCUUUCUCUUUUCUAUAAAGGGGGGGCCAGAACUUACUUCAUGAAUGUUAUAUUUCAGUGUAAAGAUGCCACAUUUACAAGGGAAGCCUUUAUGACCAUAAUUAGGUAAUUACUGAGUUAAUUAAAUCAGAUAUUUGUGGUUUUGGCUUCCCUGCAAAUCAGUCCAAUUGAUAUAAUUCCCUUUACAUUUGAGAGGCUUGUUUUUCAAUGAAAGGAUUUAUUUUAUUAUUAGCGUGGAAGGUAUUCCUCUAGUGGUGUAAAGUACAAAAUUAUUUUUGUAGUAAAACACUGAUUACAAGUCGUGUCCUUACAUGUAGUUCACAGUCCAAUACAGUAUGUUGCCCAGUAUCCGGACGGUACCAGUAUCCGGACACUUAAAACAAAAACUCAAUUUUUGAGGCGCCCUUUUCAGUUAUCGGUAAACGAAGUAUGACGGAAAUCCAGGGGAAAUCGAUUUUGGUUCGAGUUAGCGCGAGGUUCGAGUUAGUGAGGGUUCCAGUUAUCGGGAGUCGACUGUAUAUGCCUACAACACGUCAAUGGGAAAUUCAAAAUUCAAUGUUUCGGAGGCAGUACACUCUUUUUUCCCGACUUUUUAAGGGCUCAAAACAUGGUUCGAGUUAUCGACGGUAAAAUUAUAUAGAAAUGAUCUGAGGGGAAACAAAAAUUACUUCGAGUUAGCGGGAGUUUCGAGUUAUCGAGGGUUCGAGUUACCGAGGGUAGAAUUACAGUAAAUGUAUGACGGAAAUCCGGGGGAAAUCGAUUUUGGUUCGAGUUAGCGCGAGGUUCGAGUUAGCGAGGGUGCGAGUUAUCGGGAGUCAACUGUAUAACUGAAAGCGUCGGAGUUGAACCUGGAAUUCUCAUACUUUCCCCAGUUGUGACUGCUAGAAUGGGGUUGCAACGGUCUGAAAAAUGUCACACAGGGCUUGAGAGAUGUGAAGGAAGGAGGAAUUAGUGCUACAAUCUUGGACAAAAAGUGUUAAGAAUUUUGCUCUUUCUUACAUGCGGGAGACCCACCCUGCGUAUUUGGCACCAUGGUGACCCCUCCCCCCACCCCUCCCUGGCCAAUGUUGUUUAGUAGGUAGUAAAAAUGUUCGGGCCACACUUCAACAUUGUUUUUUUGGGGGGAGGGGGGAGUAUCUUGAGUGAACGGGGCUUUAGAGGGAAGUAUUCUAAAAUUAAACAUACAACGUGCAUUUUUCUUAACAUUUUUGUCCAAGAUUGUAGAAAAGCAGGCUUAUUGUAGGGUCUGUAGGGACUGAGCGUGAAGAAAUCAACACUGCAGGUCAGACCUAGGUGCUAGGUUAUUUUUUUGGAAUCGAUUGCGAGACUACUUAGCAAGUGCAAGAGAAGCUUAUAAGUCACUUGCCUGUCGAAAUUUAUGUACAAUUACGUUAUUAUUGUUGUGUCCGGAUACUGGGCAACAUAGGAGCUCUGCAAAAAUAUUAAUUUCGCGAUGGAACCAGAGGCAAAAAAGUUCAACUGUCUUUUGUUAUAUUAAGGACUAAAUAGAUUUUCUCUGGGCCAAAUUUCAGAGCUCUUGCGAUCAACAAAGGAAAGUUAUUGCAAUGUUAAACUGAAGUGUCCGGAUACUGGGCAACAUACUGUAUCUUUUUUGUUGCUUGAUUUACAGGGAAGGGCUCGGUGUCGUGGAAGAUGUGGACGGUGUGAAGGACAAAGUUGAGAUAGAGAUUGCUAAAUUAAGAGCACAUGACUCCGAAACUUCAGGUAACAUUAUGGGCAAUUUAGGCACGAGUUUGCCACCAUAGCUGCUUGGUUGUUAGUUAAAUUUCAUUUUUUGAUAACAUGCCAACCUUUCCUUUCACCUCCCAAAAAAAUAUGACCAGCAACCUGUCAACACUAUUGUUUACAGCGACAUAGAAAGGAGCUUUUUCUCAAUGCAGAAGGGACAGAGUUAAAUUCACGGCAGUUAGUUUUAUUAAUUAAUUUGUUUAUUUGGAUAUUAUUGUACACGUACUAAGUUGUUUAUACCUUUUUUCUGUUUAUAUGAUCAGGUGCAGCUGAUGUUGCAGUGAGGCAACAGUUAAGCAGUCUCCUGUUUGUAAAGAAAAUUUGUGAAGCCAAAAUUAGGACUCUAAAGUUUGGUGAUGGAGAACUACCAUCAUUACCUUCUGUAAGAAUGAUUUCAUACUAUGUUACUUGUGUUUAAUGAGAGUGCACUCUUGCAAUUCACUUCUGUUUUGCCGCUCACAGUUUUCAUAGUAAAUGUAGUCAGGCAAAGGGGAUAUGUCUCUCUAUUUCCUAUUUUUUUAAGAGGCUAAAACUUGGUCUUUGCAUAAAAAAUAAUGGCGCAGUUUAGUCACUCGAGACUAUACUAAGGCAUUGAAACUGUUUCCUCUUGUCUGUUGCACGGAUGACAAGAAUGAACAUGGAUUGAAACUUGAAAAGUUGGGCCAAUAUUUUUCAAGGUUUAAUGGUGUGCCUGCAAAAAUCACAAAAAAAAUGUCAUGGUUAGUGGUAGUCCCUGGUCAAAUUUGUUUGAUAUCUUAUUCAUAACUUUACAGGAGCAUUUUAUGUAUUGGCAAAGGCACUGAGUAAUGACUUAAGCAAAGAAUUGACCCAAAAGCAGUAUUAUCCUCAUGACACAGGACCUUUGACUGGCCUAACUUUUGAAUAGACUGAGUAGUUACCUCACUUUUUCCCACACAGUACUAAGAUGGUUCUUGUCUUAUCUUAAUGGUCGGAUGCAAUCUGUUAUUAUUGGUAACACAACAUCUAGCAGUCAAAGAUUAGAAUUUGGAGUUCCACAAGGUUCAACACUUGGUCCUCUCUAAUUUUACUCUAUACACAGCACCUAUUCAAGAUAUAAUCUCUGUACGUAACCUAGACAGUCCUGUAUGUUCUAUGCAGAUGAUCCUCAACCAUACAUUACUAUUGAUCCUCUUGAUCAACGUCCUGUCCUCAACACCCGUCAGAAGUGUAUUAGUGAAGUUAUAGAAUGGAACACCAUCCGUAAGUUAGUGUGCAAUCCUAGUAAAGCAGAGGUCAUUCAGUUUAGUUCUUGUUUCGUCAAGAACCCAAUUCUUAGUGAUUUUUCCACUAGCAAUGCUAGAGUACAACUAGCAGACCGAGUUUGUAGUCUUGGUGUCACUUUAGACUGAGAGCUCAAUCUCAUCAUAUUAAUGAAACAUGCAAAAAGGCUAUGCUGGCAAUUCGAUUCAUUGGCAGAUUGAGGAAGUAUUUGAGCAAGGAUCACCUUAAGAUGAUGGUCGAUGCUUUUGUUAUGUCAUGCUUGGAUUAUUGUAACAGUUUAUACUGUGGCGUACCCAAGCGAGAAAUAGACAAGGUGCAAUGUGUUUAGAACUGUGCCACGCGCUUGGUUUCAGGAAUAAGAAGAUCUGAUGAUGUAGCUCCAGUCAUGACAGACGGUGCAUGCAUUGAGUUUAAAAUACUGCUUUUAACAUUUAGCAUUUUAAAUGAUUGAGCUCCUUACUAUUUUGUCUUCACUCCUCGUCAAAUAUCAAUGGGCUCACUUGCUCCGUUCGUCUAAUAGAUUACUCUUACAAGUUCCUUCUGUUUAUACCAUGACUUAUGGACACUGCUCAUUUUUAUAUUAUGCACUGAAAGUCUGGAACAGUUUACCUGAUUAUAUCAAAUACUCUGAAUCUGCUUCCACUUUUAAGCAACGUUUGAAAACUUAUCUUUAUAGAAAUAAUUAUUGUACAUGGUUCAUUUAGAUUUAAUUUACUAUUGUAGGCGCAUUGAGAAUUCUUUAAAUACGCCAUAAAAACCUACUUUUAUUAUUAUUAUUAUUAUUAACUUGCCUACCACACUGUUUAUCAAACAUCCUGCAAGGGAAUUAUUAACUGGUUGGUUAGGUAGGUAGGUAGGCAGGCUGGAGGUAGUUCUAAGAGCUGAAUCAUACAUUUCAUGGUGAAAGGCAAUACCUGGUAUCGCAAACUAAUAUAAUUUUUCUUCAAUGUAACAAAAUAAUAGACAGCCUGGUAGUAUGGUAAUAAAUGACUGGGCAUAACAUCAUCACAUGCUCCUUUCUGUUACAUGUUUGUAAUAACAGGAAAACCCUGAGGAACUUGGAAAACUUCUGCCCCCAAACCAGCCUCUUCCUGUGUUACCACUGCAAGUGAUUCUGGAUAACAACACAGCUUUGUCAUACUUUAUAGGUACAGUAUGUCAUGUUGUGCUACACAGCAAUGUGAAGCAAGUCAUGGAACAGAGAAUUAAAAUUGAAAAUAAGCUGCAAGUAACCCAUAAACCCAACUGAUUCGUAGUCCUAGUAAUGGGUAUCAGGGUACUAUACACAAGGUAAAGAAAAAAAUUGUUUUGACGUUCUUUGUGAUUGUUAGGAGAGAGAACCUGGGAACGAGGUUGAUUUGAACUGCGACCUCCGAAUUAGAAGAGCUUGGGUGAGGAAGCAAACAUGGACCCUAGGUCCAUGUACCCCCAUUUUGGACCCAGUCCAUGGACACUUUUUUUGGUGUCCCCCCCCCACACACACACACACACACCCACCCCGCCAGAAAAAAAGAAAUUGAGGAAGGAGAAAUGAACAAUGAACAUAACGCAAGUAAACAGCAUCCAACAAUGUACAGUAUAGUUUUAAUGACAAACUGAAUGUGACAAGGUCUUGGCCAUGCCAGUUACUUUGACUGCCGGGUAAAGUGUAUGGCUUUCAAAUAAAUAAGAAAUUGCAACAACUGUUAAAUCAUAAAAUUUCUUAGCUGCUUGCAAUCACAAAUUCCUGCUUUAAAAAAAGUGUCCAUAGACCGGUUCCAUUACAGGGGGUCCGUGGAACUGGUCAAUAAAGUGGUCCAUGAACGUGGCCCAAAAUGGGGGAUCCAUGGACCUCGGGUCCAACUUUUGUUCUCACCCGAUGAGCUUACAUACAGAGAUGCAUUAUAACUUUCUUGCACCAUGACAAGACUAUAAUUACGUGUAAACUAUGUUGAUCUUUCAUUGCAGAGUUUAUGAACAGUGUUGAUGGACAAGCAUAUCUUUAUUUCUGGCUGGCUGUUGAGGUAUGUUUAAUGUACAUUGUAUAAUGUCGCAUAUUAGUACACAAUGAAAUAUGAGAAAGAUAGUCCGCAUGGCUGGCAUUCAGAAGGAGGGAGGGGUGGGAUUGGGGUGCCCGUGAGUUCCCAUUCUUCCCCUUCCCCACUCCCUUUCGAGUGCUUGUCAUGCAGUCAAUUGGAAAGUUGUUUCUAGUUCAAAUUGAUCGUCAGUUUAUCUUGGGUACCCGCAAUGAAUUCGCGAACAGCUAGAGAGUGACUGUUGACAACUAAUACUAUUUGCAGUGGCAGCAGUUCACACUUCAUCUGUGAUAGAGUUUUAUUCCCUUUUUGAGGAGUAGGUAAAUGAUUGAAAUCUAUAAGUUGUCUUCUGUACUAGUGGCAAUUGUAAGCAUACGCUGUACAUAGUGGUACGGGAGCAAAGGCGGAUCCACUCACCAGACCAGAAAAUUUUCAGAUUAUAGUUGGAUUUGUGCUUUAACACUGACAUCGUUGUUACAAAGUAAGGCACACCGGUGGCCACACUGGUAGUCGGAGUUUGCUAGAAAAAUAACGUGAAUGACGUGACUGGGGUGGAAUCAACUGUUUCAACAGCGAGUGCAAGGUUGGACCUCCGCCCCCCUCCCCCUCCAAACCAUACAGAUGCCUCUGCAGAGAAAAACUCGCAGAUUAUUCAAAAGAAUAUUUCAUCACUAGACUUCUUAUAACGGACCUCAUUGACUGGUUCUUUUUUGUGUUAGAGUUAUCGCGUAACAGCUGAACAACAGCUGUCCCUUGCUAUGGAACGUCGACUGCUGGUGGAGGGUGAUACCGCUGACAAUGUAAGGCGCCAUCAAUUUAAGGUGGCUCCGUAAUUAACACAAGAGCAUUUAGCUGCGACAAAUUUUCCGUCAUAACUUUUUCGAUUUUAACGCGAUGGCUGCGAAACUUUGCAAAGAACAACAGAUAUCAUUCGGCAAUAAUACGAAAUAUUCCGAUUUCAUUGAUGGUAAACAUUUCUUGAGAAAUUAGCGUUUAAAAGGACCCUAAUGUUCAAAGAAAAUCGCGUCUAGUAAAAAAUUUUGCUGAUAUUUUUUACUGAAAUUUCUGGUAUCGGCUUCAAUUGAUAUAAUAAAUAUGCCAGAGGAAUUUCAGAAAAGUCGUUGGAGCAGAAGUCCGUAACUAAAAGUCGCUCAAAAUUCAGCUGUGAAAUUGUUUUGGAAUUUCAAAAAUAAAUUACUAUCAGGAAGAAGGAGACACCAGUUUCAUGAUUUUCGGAACAAGUAAAUUCAGUGUUUGCUAAUUCUUAAAACAGAAGCCGAUUGCCUAACGUGCUAUUCUUUAGAAGAUAUUUUUUCAGUUUUAGAAGCACUAUAAAUUGCUCUAAACUUUGCUCUGACGUCGAAUGACUUGUUCCUCGACAUUUUUAAAAUAUCCCUUGGCAGUUUUGGCUCAAACUCCUGCUACAUACAUUUUGAUGUAUUGCAAUGCAUCCUCAACGGCUUUUCCUGCCGUACGUUGUUUCCAAUUCAGGAAAAAGGUAUUGGGAUUGUAAGCUACCUUGUAUCGAAGCUCAGACAGAACUGUCGAGCACCUUUGUUCACGACCAGAAAAUGAGCACGAGCGGCAGCUCUGCGAGGAAUUCGCACCUCAGCCAGGGGGGACGAAUGACAAUGAUGCCCAUGUCUGUGAACCGAUCUGUAUAAACAUGUAUUGCAGAGCAAAACACUAAUAAUCAAGAAAAAAAAUACCCAUUCAUUGAAGGAAGGAGUGACAAAAAUUUCAGAGUUGUAAAUUUAUUCACGGGCAAUAUUUUUACGAUAAUUUUAUUUUGCACUGUGAUAUUAUUCGGUUCACAGGCACGGUCAUCAUUGUCGUUCGUCCCCCCUUGGUGAGGUGCGAAUUCCUCGCAGAACUGCCGCUCGUGCUCAUUUUGUAGUCAUAAACAAAGGUGCUGGACACCUCUAUCUGAGCUCUGAUACGAGGUAGCGUCCAAUCUCAAUACUUUUUUCCUGAGUUGGAAGCAACGAACAGCAGUAAAAGUCCUUGAAAAUGCAUUGCAAUACAUCAAGAUGUAUACAGCAGGAGUUUGAGCCAAAACUGCCAAGGGAUAUUUUAAAACUGUCGAAGAACAAGUAAUUCUACUUCAGAGCAAGGCUUGGAGCAAUUUCUAGAGCUUAUAAAACUAAAAAGUACCUUUUAAAGAAUAGCACGAUAGGCAAUCGGCUUUUGUUUUAAGAAUUAGCAAACGUUGAAUUUACUUGUCCCGAAAAUUCAAACUGGUGGCUCCUUCUACCUGAUAGUAAUUUAUUUUUGAAAUUCCAAAACAAUUUCACAGCUGAAUUUUGAGCGACUUUUAGUUACGGACUUCUGCUCCAACGAUUUUUCUGAAAUCCCUCUGGCAUAUUUAUUAUACCAAUUGAAGCCGAUACCAGAAAUUUCGGUAAAAAAUAUCAACAAAAUUUUUUACUAGACGCGAUUUUCUUUGAACAGUAGGGUCCUUUUAAGCGCUAAUUUCUCAAGAAAUAUUUACCAUCAAUGAAAUCGGAAUAUUUCGUAUUACGGCCGAAUGAUAUCUGUUGUUCUUUGCAAAAUUUCGCAGCCAUCGCGUUAAAAUCGAAAAUGUUAUGACGGAAAAUUUGUCACAGCAAAAUGCUCUAGUAUUAAUUACGGAGCCACCUUAACACUUAUUUUGUUGUGUUGCUUUUAUAGCCAACCUCCACCGUCUUUACAAACGGACGUUACUUGUUAGAAAUGAAUUGUAAAUCUCAAUUUUUUCCCCCUAAGUAGCCUCUUUUACAGAGAUAAGAGUAACACUGCGAUAGACUAGGGGCAUCCUGUCAAGGAGAGAGUAGUAAUACUCUUAGGCAUGCUUCAUACUUAGGAAACAGGGAUAAGCUCCGUCCGUUUGGGCCUUUACCUAUUUUACCUUCUAAGAAUAUAGUGCUGUUUAGAUUUGAUUAUGCAUUACGUCUUUUGGUGCGCAUCUUUAUAAAGGAGUGUUAGAAAACAACGGCUGAACGUUGGAAAUACUGAGAUAUCGUUUGUAACCACUGUCUGUUGUGUUGUGUUCAGGAGGAGGAGCGCGAUGCUGCUGCCGCUGAUAUGGAAGUUUUGCGAUUGGCGGCUCAAAGUAUCUUUGACCAAUACCUUUCAGAGACGGUAACGUAACUAUAGUGCUUUUCUUCUAUUAUCUAAUGCCAUCUAAUGCCAUGCAUAGUCAUGCCAUUACAGUUCAGUUAGAGAGAGAAAUGGACUGAGUGUUAUCACACCCUGAUAGCAAAGAAAUUGCACAAAAUGAAAGACAGCACGUUUUCCUCAGAUAGAGGGAGAUUAAGCAACGGCGACGACGAUGACGGUAACAAGAACUGCAAAGUGCAAAAGUGUUUGAUGAGUAGAUUGGCUAAACAGCAACUUUGUACGUGCCUCACACUUUUUUCAGAUGUAAAUUUCUCUGCCGCCCUUGCACAACUGCGACGUGAAAUUUCCUAAUUUCACGUUUUAUAGGGGACGUGAACGCAAGACAAUUAUUUCUUUUUUGUUUUCCUAAACAUAGAGACAGACCUUUAGGAUCGCAAACAUUUGACAAAUUGAACGAGAUGGAAUAAGAGCUAUGAAGUUUGAAACAGCCCGAAUUCACUUCGCUGCUGUGGCCGUCGUAAUUUCUUAAGCUCCCUAUUUUAAGACCCUGAAAGUUGGUCCGGCAGGGAAUGGUAUUCGUGCCGAAAGCGCCUGAAUCUGGUACUCAACCGUUUAGCUAGCCAGCCGGAGGCGGAAGUUUUCAUGGAAAAUAAAGAAGAUUCACGCCCUCUUUGUUCUACUUCAAAUCAAGAUUUAUUUCCAAUCUUACCGCUUAAUUUGGUUAUAACGGUUUAUUUUUAACGAGACCCUAUUUACACGGAUGCAGGUGAAUUUUUGGACGCACGAAUUUUUUACCCCUGCAUUCCGUUGACACGAAACCGUGCAAAUUGUUAUACAGAUUUCUGUGCUGCACUGUUUGCCGUUCAAAAACUUGCACGGUUCUGUGGGUCCCGUGUAGACGAAAAGCGGAUCUGUGCACGUUUCCGUCCGUUCAAAAGUUUGUGCGGACCCGUGUAAAAAAGGUCUAAGCUAAGGUUCUUUCAUAGACAACUAGGUGUGACAGGUCUUGCUCACAAACAAUGAAGCCUGUUAGAAAACGUUUAAGCUUGAUUUAAUCGUUGUUACAUUUUAUCCAGGCUGAUCCCAGAGUUGUUCUGUCAAGGGAGGCACCAAGGAAAGUUUUUAAGCGCAUUGCACAAGAAGAACCAUCGCCAAGCUGCUUUGAUGAUGUUCAGGCACAGGUAACGGUUGUUAUAUCCGUGACUAGCGAAUUUUUCAUCCCCGUGAACAUGUCAGUUUUACAGCUUGUUCAACAAACAUAAACUUUUGAAAAAUGAACUAAAUACCGUAGUCAAUGCCAUAGCCUUACAUCCAGGCUUGUGGCGCACAAUAUUGAGUAGGUAUGGUGCGUGUAGUGUUUAAACACGAACAGUGUUAAAUCAAGUUUAAAACACGAGGCGUUGCGAGUUUUUAAACUGUUUCAAAGGCGUAAUCCUUGGGUUUCAGGCAGAGAAAUUCCGCCAUCUUCUAUCAAAUUUUACAACACUCGUUAAACAUGUAUGUAUGUUUGAGUUUUUGACAUUCAUUUAUGGUAGUGCGCUCUACACUUGACAAACCAUCCCAGAUCUGCAAUCCUCACAAUUGUUAUUGUAAUUAUGUGAAAUGAUUUUUAGUCAUUUUGUUAAUUCCUGUUUAGGUGUAUGAAAUUCUUCAUGAAGAGUCAUUUUAUGGAGCUUUUCUUAAAAGCCAAGCUUAUAUAAGGUGGGUUUUAAACACAGUGUAGCAGUUUGCUCCUUUCUGUAAUUUCUGAAGUCAGAGUAGGGUAACAUGGACAAUAUUUGGAAUAUAUACAUGAAAUGUGUGCUAACUUUGCAUUUGUCGCGUCUGGGUUUGAUAGUCCGCUAUAGGUACUCAUGAUUUAUUAGUCAUUUGGAGAAGAUAAGAAGGUUCGCUUUAAUUGUUCUUUUUUUUUUUUUCUGGGAGAUUUUUUCUGAUAAUUAUAAUUUACUUUUAUUAUAAUUAUUAUUAUACAUAUAUAUUAUUAUUAUUAUUAUUUAUUUAUUUAAUUUAUUACUUGAGCUAAAUUUACAUCACACAAAACGUAUACAUAUUACAACUUGACGAAACAAACAUAAAAAUAGCUGAGGUUACAUUUAUGCUUGAAUUCGCUUAGUUACUUACAACAAAAGGAAAGGACAGUGGACGAUGGAUGGCUCAACUUUGCAGGACACAUGACUAAGUCAAAGCGAUUAGCUAGAGGGGAACCAGUAAAAGCAACAAAUUUAAAUAAGAAAAAAUUUCCAUUUGUUUGAAAAGACGGUGAAAGAAUUACAGCGGAGUGCUUCUUGUUUUUCCAUCUCAAUGACGGAAUUUAGUUUGCCCUCAAAAAGAGUCAUGGAGGGAGACGUACCUGCAAGUUUGCUCGAGUAUAUAUGAUAUCUCCCAAUAAGAAGAACGAGAUCAAUGGCGGUAGAGGGUGCAAAUUUAGAGAGUCCCGUCAGAUGUAAAUCGGUUAGUGCAGUACUCUUGAGGCCCUUUUGAAUUAAAAAUUGUUUAACAUCGUUCCAAAAAGCAAUUGUUGCCGAACAUCUCAGAAAUAGAUGAGAUAUAGACUCUAUUCCCCUUUUGGGAAAAAGAGCAUUUGUCCGAUUGCUUUAAAUUAAUUUUCUUUAAAAAAACAUUGGUAGCAAUCCUCCGAUGCAAAAACUUAUAAUGAAAAGUUCUUAAUUUUGUAGAAGCCGUACAGUGGAAAGCGAUUGUGUAGGCAUCUUUCCAAUCAAUAUCACUUACAUUUUCGACUUGAAGGUCACUGAGUCACUUCUCUUGGCUUCUAAUGGGUGUAGAGAUUCUUUUUCUCAGUAGCGACUUAUAAAUAAAGUUGUUAACUUUACUUUUAGAUGUUAAUUCAGUUAUAGAUGUUCCCUCGGUGGAAACAACCUCGUACGUCGGUUCAUUUUGCACAUUAUUUAUAAGUGAUUUGACAGCUGGAGCUAUACUACAAUAUUCUAACCAAUUUAACUCCUGAAAAUUUGAUUUCAUGGCAUCAUAUCCGAGGAGGUUCCCACCCUCAUCUAAUAGAUGAGAAAUUUUGCAGACACCAUGAUCCAUCCAGUGUUUACGGAAUACAGGCUGAUUGUCAAUUCUUACCAAUGAAUUAAGCCAAAUAAUCUGAUCGCCCACAUUUGCAAUGGAGAUGGCUACAGCAUCAGAGAAAUGCAAUUCCGCCCAGAUUGACAUGACCUCACAUACAAAAGGAUUACGUAUUUUUAACAGUGGAAUGUCAUCCUUGUGUAGAUUACAAGAGAAAAUAAAUUUCCCACCAUACAUUUUAAGAUUAACAUCAAAGAAAAACUUCCACCUUCCAUUAUUUGUCGGGUCAAGGUACUUCUUGAUCCAGGAUGCUUUGAGAGACUUAUUGAACGUAUGUAUAUCAAUCAUCCUCAAACCACCCUGCUCAUAAUCCCUUAUAAUAUGCUCUCUUUUAAUCUUGUCG